GUUGUUUUGAAGGUUAAUUCCGCACUUACUAUCUGAGGGCCAGUGAAACUAGUUUGUAAGUGAGGAACAGAGUUGUUUGUUAUGUGUUAAUUCACUUCAAUUGUUUAAGAGUUUGAAUCAGCUUUGUGGAACUAGUUGCCGACGUUUCUCAACCAGCUUCAUUUUUGUUCCCUUCGAGAUAUCUACUCACUGAAGAGCAUAGCGUUUUGCUUUGUGAAACACGACUACUGAAGUUAGGAAACAUACGAAGACUAUAGAUUUUCAGUCUCUGACGUCACUUAGAACUGUAUACGACAUAAGACUGAAAGUAAACGUAGUAUUAGGUAAUGCAAGUCAGUUGGUGAGGUUAUUAUUGGGCUUCAUCGAUUCAGAUGGCUUGGACCAUGUGAAAUCAACGAUCACUUCGUUGGAGAAGAGUUUAGAGGGAUCAAAUGAAGUAUGAUACAAAUGGAUGAACUGUUGUGUUCAUAUAGCGGAGUUCGUCGUAUAUUUUAUCAUCAUGGCACGUGGUCAACAAAAAAUACAAAGUCAACAGAAAAAUGCUAAGAAGCAAGCAGAAAUGAAAAAGUCUAGUAUUGAUCAAAAGAAAGCAGCUGCUAAAGCAUUGAAUCACACAUGUCCUGUGUGUAAAACUCAAGUGCCCGACUUGAAGACGUACAAGCAACACUUUGAAAAUAAACAUCCUAAAAGUCCAUUACCACAAGAAUUGAUUGAUGUGGCUGCUUAGUUGAGUGUGUGUGUGUGUGUAGACACAGGAUGGGAGAAGGCUAAAUAUAAAGCAGGCAGGCAGACAACACUUGAACAGAUUUCAUUUGAUCUUAUUUUCCAUGUUUGCAAUCUCCACUACCCUUCACAACAGCCCCUACAACAAAACUUCAUGAGAAUUGUUUGUCUGUUUGUUUGUUUUUCUAAAUAAAUAAAUAUACAUUUAGUCAUCAGUCA